UUUUUGCAACAACUGACAGCUCGAUGGUUGGUGGUUAUAACUUUUGCACGAUUGUGAGGACCUUUCUCUCCUCCUCGAAAAAUUUGCGUAUUAAUCGUAAGACUUCAACAAAUUUAGCACAAAUUCAAUAUACCAGAUUCCAUAAAAGUACACCCGCUUUAAAAUGACAACAAAAGCAUUGUCAACUAUAAAAAGUACCGUGCUUUCGCGUUCACCAGCUCAGUUCCAAAGGCAUCCUCUUUUGUAUUCAACUUAUCGCGGUUUGUUUGAUUUUACUCCCAUAACAAAGACAAGGCGUGAAUUUGCACAGAAGAAACUAGCAGGUUAUUCAAUGGACCAGCUCUACAGCGUAGUUGCUGACGUAGAAAAUUACUACACCUUCGUGCCUUUCUGCAAGAAGUCUUUUGUGUACGCAAAAAAGCCAGGUUCGCUGAAGGCCGAUCUAAUCAUUGGCUUCCCACCGUUGAACGAAAGUUAUACUUCGAACGUGACCAUGGUGCGACCUACGCUAGUCAAGGCCGAAUGUGUGGACGGGCGCCUAUUCAACUACCUACUGACGGCGUGGCAAUUUAGCCCCGGACUAAAAGAUAUUCCCCAAUCGUGCGUCAUAGACUUUAUGGUCGCUUUUGAGUUCAAAUCCGUACUGCACUCGCAGUUGUCGAACCUAUUCUUCGAUCAGAUCGUGAAACAGAUGGAACACGCGUUUAUCCAUGAGGCUGGACAGCGAUUCGGACGACCAUCCAUCAGGAGUCACGUGCUGGUGUCGAAUAAGUCGUGACCCACGAGCCCACUGGUACCUCGAGGAGGAGGAGGAGAAGAUGGAGAGAAACCGUCGUGAAGGAUUAUUUCCGAAUGCCACCACCGAAUGAGAAUGAAAUUAGUAAUUCGUUAAUUAACUAAUCACUUUACCUAUGUUUAUUAGCUAACCGUGCGCGGUAGUCUCUUCUGGCAAUGAGAAGGGAUGGACCUAACGGGAAUAGAAAAUUGUAUUAUGAUACUGAUUUAAAUACUAUGCGGGCAAACAUUUUAUCGGUAAAGAAAACAUUGCAGAAGACGCCAACGAGAAACAGCAAAGACCUCGAAGUCUAGGUCACGAAAAAAUAGUUAUCGUUUGUGGAUAUCGUGGAAUAAGAAGCGAAAUUAUUCAAUUGUAUAUAUAAUAGGACGUGAGAUGUACUCGAUAGGAACCUUCGCCAAUCUACGUGUGCGUGUGUAGAGUCAAAUAAGCAUGGUACAUGUUUUCAAUUAGA